UUAUUUUAAGAACUGGCGCGGUACGCAGCAGUGGAAAAACUCGCUGAAUAUUUUGCUGUUUUUCUCUCGGUUUCCAGCCGCUAGAUGAGUGGACUAUGUUCGCGUUUGGUCGGCCGGUCGCUGACGUGUCUGAAAACGCCAGGAUACCCUUAAACAUGCUACCUCCAGGGCAGGAGAGCACGGCCUGUUGGAGGUCAAACGUAGAUGAGGCCCUGGACACUGAAUUACACCAUGUAGCGGAGAGAGGGGACGCAGCAGAGGUCAAGAACCUCCUGUCUACAGAAGAAGGCCAGGCCAGUAUUAACAGGAGGAAUGACUACGGCUGCAUGCCUCUUCAUCUUGCAGCUGCUCAAGGUCAUCAGGAGGUCAUCAGACUUCUGGUCAGGAACAAGGCAAAACUCAACUUCCCUGAUGUCAAGGCCCAGACCCCUGUCCUGUUAGCUGUGAAAGGCAGACACGUUGGGUGUGUGAGGAUUCUCCUGGAGGCUGGAGCAAACCCUAACGGCUGGCAGAACUCUCUCUGUACACCCCUCUAUCAGGCUGCCCUUGAUGGUUCGUUGGAGAUCGUGCGAGACUUGGUGACUCACGGAGCCGACGUUGACUUGUCCCACAUCAGAGUCGGGCUGUUUGUGUGCACGCCUCUGUACGGAGCCAUUAUCCACAAGAGACUGGACUGUUUCAAGUUUCUUCUCUGUUCAGGUGCCGACCCAAACUACAACAAAAACAGGGUGCAGAAAAUGUUUCCUGGUCGCGCAGUGCAGUCUUUCUUUCAUGCAGUUGUGAAGCACAAGUGCCCCCCUGAGUAUGCUCACCUGUUGAUGGAGUUUGGAGCUGAUCUGCACCAGAGAGAUGAGAUGGACAAGACAGCCGCCGACCUUCACUUCAAAUCUGACACCGUCGACUAUAUAAGGGAGAUGGCUGCGACUCCUUUGACCUUGAAGACCACGUGUCGUCUCUUCAUCAGGGGCAAUCUUGGGAAGGAGAAGGUCUCUCGGCUACCAGAGCUGCCCCUUCCCACAAAACUGGUCGACUACCUCAUGUACAAACCUGAGUGUGGGGAGGUUUUAGGUACAACUGCAGGAGGAGACCUAGUUUCUGAUGUACAAACCUGAGUGUGGGGAGGUUUUAGAUACAACUGCAGGAGGAGACCUACUUUCCGAUAUACAAACCUGAAUGUGGGGAGGUUUAAGAUACAACUGCAGGAGGAGACCUAGUUUCUGAUGUACAAACCUGAGUGUGGGGAGGUUUUAGAUACAACUGCAGGAGGAGACCUACUUUCCGAUAUACAAACCUGAAUGUGGGGAGGUUUAAGAUACAACUGCAGGAGGAGACCUAGUUUCUGAUGUACAAACCUGCAGAGUGUGGGGAGGGUUUAAAUACAACUACAGGAGGAGACCUAGUUUCUGAUAUACAAACCUGAGUGUGAGGAGGUUUUAGAUACAACUGUAGGAGGAGACCUAGUUUCUGAUAUACAAACCUGAGUGUGGAGAGGUUUUAGAUACAACUGCAGGAGGAGACCUAGUUUCUGAUAUACAAACCUGAGUGUGGGGAGGUUUUAGAUACAACUGCAGGAGGAGACCUAUAGUUUCUGAUAUACAAACCUGAGUGUGGGGAGGUUUUAGGUACAACUGCAGGAGGAGACCUAGUUGCUAAGUCAACACCUUAACUGUUAAAGAAACAGUACAUAAUUCUUCUAGCGACUCCCUUGUCCUUAUAAUGUCUAAUAUAAUCGAAAACAUGCAAUUUGUAUUGUCCUUGAUAAAGUAACUAAUUGUAUAUAUAGUGAAUAGUUUCAGAUAAGUUUUAUUUUGCAUGCUAGCUGGCUGCUGCCUACCCCUGCGUCAGGGAACCCCACAUUAGUAUCAAAGCCUGGAAAGUAAGUGUGAGUGAGCUUGAACACUUUCUGGUACCAAAUUUAAAAA